GGGGAAGAGACACACACAAACAGAUAGAAGGGCACCGGCUGAAGCCACUUGCAGGACUGAGGGUUCUUGCAACGAAACUCUAGCAGCCUGAAGAACUAUAAGCCAGAUGGGGUGGCUGGACGAGAGCAGCUCUUGGCUCAGCAGAGAAUGCACAGUAUGAUCAGCUCAGUGGAUGUGAAGUCAGAAGUUCCUGUGGGCCUAGAGCCCAUCUCACCUUUAGACCUAAGGACAGACCUCAGGAUGAUGAUGCCCGUGGUGGAUCCUGUUGUCCGCGAGAAGCAACUACAGCAAGAAUUACUCCUCAUCCAGCAACAGCAGCAAAUCCAGAAGCAGCUCCUGAUUGCCGAGUUUCAGAAACAGCAUGAAAACUUGACACGACAGCACCAGGCUCAGCUCCAGGAGCACAUCAAGGAACUCCUAGCCAUCAAACAGCAGCAAGAACUCCUAGAGAAGGAGCAGAAACUGGAGCAGCAGAGGCAAGAACAGGAAGUAGAGAGGCACCGCAGAGACCAGCCGCUUCCUCCCCUCAGAGGCAAAGAUAGAGGACGAGAAAGGGCAGUGGCAAGUACAGAAGUAAAGCAGAAGCUUCAAGAAUUCCUAUUGAGUAAAUCAGCAACAAAAGACACUCCAACAAAUGGAAAAAAUCAUUCCGUGAGCCGCCAUCCCAAGCUCUGGUACACGGCUGCCCACCACACGUCACUGGAUCAAAGCUCUCCACCCCUGAGUGGAACAUCUCCAUCCUACAAAUACACAUUGCCAGGAGCACAGGAUGCGAAGGAUGAUUUCCCCCUUCGAAAAACUGCCUCUGAGCCCAACUUGAAGGUGCGGUCCAGGUUAAAACAGAAAGUGGCAGAGAGGAGAAGCAGCCCCUUACUCAGGCGGAAGGAUGGAAAUGUUGUCACUUCAUUCAAGAAGCGAAUGUUUGAGGUGACAGAAUCCUCGGUCAGUAGCAGCUCCCCAGGGUCUGGCCCCAGCUCACCAAACAAUGGGCCAACUGGAAACGUUACUGAAAACGACACCUCAGUUUUGCCCCCUACUCCUCAUGCUGAGCAAAUGGUGUCCCAGCAACGCAUUCUAAUUCAUGAAGAUUCCAUGAACCUGCUCAGUCUUUAUACCUCUCCCUCUUUGCCCAACAUUACCUUGGGGCUUCCGGCGGUGCCCACGCAGCUCAACGCUUCGAAUUCACUCAAAGAAAAACAGAAGUGUGAGACCCAGACGCUCCGACAAGGCGUCCCUCUGCCUGGGCAGUACACGGGCAGCAUCCCAGCAUCUUCAAGCCAUCCCCAUGUGGCUUUAGAGGGAAAGCCCAACAGCAGCCACCAGGCGCUCCUGCAGCAUCUAUUAUUGAAAGAACAAAUGCGACAGCAGAAGCUUCUUGUGGCUGGUGGAGUUCCCUUACAUCCUCAGUCUCCGUUGGCAGCAAAGGAGAGAAUUUCACCUGGCAUUAGAGGUACCCACAAAUUACCCCGGCACAGACCCCUGAAUCGAACCCAGUCUGCACCUCUGCCUCAGAGCACGUUGGCUCAGCUGGUCAUUCAGCAGCAACACCAGCAAUUCUUGGAGAAGCAGAAGCAAUACCAGCAGCAGAUCCACAUGAACAAACUGCUUUCGAAAUCUAUUGAACAACUGAAGCAACCAGGCAGUCACCUGGAGGAAGCAGAGGAAGAGCUUCAGGGGGACCAGGCGAUGCAGGAAGACAGAGCGCCCUCUAGUGGCAACAGCACUAGGAGCGACAGCAGUGCUUGUGUGGAUGACACACUGGGACAAGUUGGGGCAGUGAAGGUCAAGGAGGAGCCGGUGGACAGUGAUGAAGAUGCUCAGAUCCAGGAAAUGGAAUCUGGGGAGCAGGCUGCUUUUAUGCAACAGCCCUUCCUGGAGCCCCAGCACACACGUGCGCUGUCAGUGCGCCAAGCUCAGCUGGCUGUGGUUGGCAUGGAUGGAUUAGAGAAACAUCGUCUUGUCUCCAGGACUCAUUCCUCCCCUGCUGCCUCCAUUUUACCUCAUCCAGCAAUGGACUGCCCCCUCCAGCCUGGCUCUGCAACUGGAAUUGCCUACGACCCUCUGAUGCUGAAACACCAGUGCAUUUGUGGCAAUUCCACCACCCACCCUGAGCAUGCUGGACGAAUACAGAGCAUCUGGUCACGACUGCAAGAAACUGGGCUGCUAAAUAAAUGUGAGCGAAUUCAAGGUCGAAAAGCCAGCCUGGAGGAAAUACAGCUUGUUCAUUCUGAACAUCACUCACUGUUGUAUGGCACCAACCCCCUGGAUGGACAGAAGCUGGACCCCAGGACACUCCUAGGUGAUGUCUCUCAAAAGUUUUUUUCUUCAUUACCUUGUGGUGGACUUGGGGUGGACAGUGACACCAUUUGGAAUGAGCUGCACUCGUCCGGUGCUGCACGCAUGGCUGUUGGCUGUGUCAUCGAGCUGGCUUCCAAAGUGGCCUCAGGAGAGCUGAAGAAUGGGUUUGCUGUUGUCAGGCCUCCAGGCCAUCAUGCUGAAGAAUCCACAGCCAUGGGGUUCUGCUUUUUUAAUUCAGUUGCAAUUACCGCCAAAUACUUGAGAGACCAACUAAAUAUAAGCAAGAUAUUGAUUGUAGAUCUGGAUGUUCACCAUGGAAAUGGUACACAGCAGGCCUUUUAUGCUGACCCCAGCAUCCUGUAUAUUUCACUCCAUCGCUAUGAUGAAGGGAACUUUUUCCCUGGCAGUGGAGCCCCAAAUGAGGUUGGAACAGGCCUUGGAGAAGGAUACAAUAUAAAUAUUGCCUGGACAGGUGGCCUUGAUCCCCCGAUGGGAGAUAUAGAGUACCUUGAAGCAUUCAGGACUGUAGUGACGCCUGUGGCCAAAGAGUUUGAUCCAGACAUGGUCCUAGUUUCUGCUGGAUUUGAUGCAUUAGAAGGCCAUGCCCCUCCUCUGGGGGGGUACAAAGUGACAGCAAAAUGCUUUGGUCAUUUGACGAAGCAGUUGAUGACAUUGGCUGAUGGACACGUGGUGUUGGCUCUAGAAGGAGGACAUGAUCUCACAGCCAUCUGUGAUGCAUCAGAAGCCUGCGUAAAUGCCCUCCUAGGAAAUGAGCUGGAGCCACUUGCCGAAGAUAUUCUCCACCAAACCCCGAAUAUGAAUGCUGUUAUUUCUUUACAGAAGAUCAUUGAAAUUCAAAGCAAGUACUGGAAGUCAGUAAGGAUGGUGGCUCUGCCAAGGGGUUGUGCUUUGGCUGGGACUCAGUUGCAGGAGGAGACCGAGACUGUUUCUGCCCUGGCCUCCCUGACGGUAGAUGUAGAACAGCCCUUUGCUUCAGAAGAUAGCAGAACUGCUGGUGAGCCUAUGGAAGAGGAGCCAGCCUUGUGAAGUGCCAAGCCCCCCACCCCCAUAUUUCCUGUGUGUGACAUCAUUGUGUAUCCCCCCCACCCAGCACCCUCAGACAUGUCUUGUCUGCUGCCUGGGUGGCACAGAUUCGGUGUAACAUAAACACUGGGCACAAAAUUCUGAACAGCAGCUUCACUUGUUCUUUGGAUGGACUUGAAAGGGCAUUAAAGAUUCCUAAAACGGAACUGCUGUGAUUCUAAAGUUACAGUAAAUCAUGAUUGGAAGAAACUGCUUCCAGCAUACUUUUAAUAUGCUGGGUGACCCACUCCCAGGCCCAAAGUAUGAACUAAUAACAUCCAGUACAGCAUUAGAUACUAUUAAUUAUUAUGGAUGCUAUGACAGCCAGUGAAAUUUUGGGCAAAACCUGAGAAAUACUCAUUCCUGACAUUCUGAUCAGUUUCUUGUUGGGUAAUUUUUGUCAGUCUUAAAUUGUUUAUAGGAUUUGCUUUCAACUAUCAACGGAUAGCAGUUCCCGACAUAUUGCAGGGGUUGUUUUGUUGUUUUGUUUUGUUUGUUUUUUGGCCUUUGUUUUAACACAUUGUUCAACUCUUGCUAGUAAGAGUUCAAGAUGGAGGAACUGGGAUGAGGCUUUUUUCAAUAGAAUAAACCAUGCUAUAUCUCAAAGUCCAAAUGCCAAAGGAACCUCAUACUGUAUGUAAUGGUGCAAUAUUUUAUGUCACAGUUUUUGAAAAAAAUAACCCUAUUUCCCUAACAUCCCUCUGUGUAUUCUCACACAUGGGAGAUUUGCAAUUGUAUUUGAGGAUGAGGUCUCCCGUCCCCCUCAUACAUCCCUUGCUCUGAUGAUAAGAGUUUCAAGCAUAUGUUCCACCGAGGAUGGUCUUAAUUUUUUCCAAAUUUCUCAAGAACUUAGUUCUCACUUUUCAUCUUAUUUCCUCCAUCACAUCCUUUCUUCUUACCUUUCAUUAUUCCUUCCUUAUAGAAAAGCUAAAGAUUACCCACAAUCUCCCCAAUUACUCAGGAGCUUUGAGUAUUUCAUUUAUUUUAUUUUAUUUUUUACUUUUCAGGUUAACACAGUUGCUUGGCAUGAUGUGUUCUUUUAGCGGUGACAGCACUGAGGUGAAGCAGUGUUACUGAAUUUUCUAGAUCUUCAAAAUGUGUUAAUGAAGGCAUUGCCUAUUUGAAGUCACCUUGAAUUGUGUUAACCUUGAAGUUGUGCCUUCCUGCGGAAAAAACACAAAAACACAAAUUUAACCUUUACACAUGUUGCCUUAAUGUCAAAGGCUAAAAAUAAAGGACAUAUAUUUCUGAGAUUAAAAGUGAUUUACUAAAUAGAACUAGGUUAU